AUGCAAUUUAUGGAUACACAAGCCCAAAUUAUAGGGGACUCAGAUGGUAAUAGAGCUAAAAUUACUAUAUAAACUUAAAUUCCCCAAUAUGGAUACACUGAGGCAGUUACCUUUGAAGAUGGAAAAAACCAUUAUGUUUAUUUAAAAGAUUCUGCAUCUCAGAAGUGCUCAGUUGAAAGGUUACCGCCUACAUAUAACAUUACUAGGUUUAUUGAACUGGCUAUGGAUAAGUAUAGUGGCGCUUCUUAAUACAUCGGUAAAUAGCUAGUACCUUGGACUAAGGAUUUGUUUCAUGCUUUUGAAGUGAGAUUUGAUAUAAGAGGAAGUUUAAUUCUUUAUUUUUCAGUAUCUACUAGUCAGCUAUUAUAUAUAAUGAUAAAAGAUAAGCCAUUUGUAUAUCAUAUUCCAGAUGGGUUAAUAGCUAAAAAUUUUAAAGAUAGUGAUUUUAUGUUUGACAUCUGUCCAAUGAAAGAUAAUGAGUACCAGAUAAUAUAGGAUUUAAAUCAAUUUAGUAAAUUUUUGAAAUGA